AUGCUGACUAGAACAGGCGAUGUUGUUAGAAUUGCGCCAAACGAUUUGGUCUUUCGUACACCACAGGCCUAUAAAGAUAUUUAUGGAAGCACCGUUAGGCGGCGAGAGAUCUUCGUCAAGACUGACGUGCAAGACUUGCCGGAAUUUACUGGAUUUCCUGACCUAGGUGUCGCCGCUGAGAGGAACCCCGAAACUCAUGCUCAGGUUGCGCGUGCACUGCAACCAUCCUUUAGCUCGCGCGUUCUCCAGGGCUGUCACGGUGUGAUUCACCAGGUUGUUGACGAGUUUGUCACGCAGCUUGAGAGACGAGGCGAAGUCAACUUGACAGAGUGGGUCGAUUACUUCGCCCAUGACAUUUCCGGCGAGUUGGUGUAUAACAGGGAGGCGAAGAUCAUGAAGUCAGGAGAUCCUACGCCCGAUGUAAUAGCAUCACGAAAAAUGUCAUAUCUGGGAGCAGUCAUCGUGGCACUAAAACGGUUUCCCCUCUUAAAGUUUCCUCUAUUCGUCUGCCUGAUUCCAUGGGCUUUAGCAUCUGGCAUAUCAACCUUCGGCAAAACUGUCCAAGGUUACGCACGCGCGCGGAUUGCGAAAGGUGGCAAGGUCCGACAUCUAGAUCUCUUGGAGCCCAUCAUACCCCCCGAGGGGUCAAUCGUGUCACAAGAAAGCAAGAAGCGCAGCGACGACUGGAUCGUUGCCCAAGCCAACUCACUCAUGGCAGGAGCUUUAGGUCUGGUCACCAACGCCAUUAUUUCGUCGAUUCUCCUCUUGUGCGAUUCGCCAGAGACAAUGAACAAGUCCACACACUUCCCUCCUACAUACAACCCCGCCGGCACCCACUUCCCAGAGUCAGCCCUACCACAGCUGAUCAACCUAGUAAAGGCUGGGGCUACAGCCUUACCUACUCUAGGGGAACUGCCCAGCCCAGCAGAGCUGGACACCCUAGCUGCCCAACUGGUCAGCCUCUUCUAUACAGCUAUUCAAGUGUUACGGUCAGCUAUCCGACAGUCGUAG